GUCAUGCAGAGGAGUAAUCAUAGCACCUUUUCUGAAUUUCUUCUCCUGGGGCUACCCAUUCAACCAGAGCAGCGGGGCACAUUCUUUGCCCUCUUCCUGAUCAUGUACCUGACCACGGUGCUGGGGAACCUGCUCAUCAUCCUGCUCAUCCGGCUGGACUCUCGUCUCCACACCCCCAUGUACUUCUUCCUCAGCCACUUGGCCCUCACUGACAUCUCCUUCUCAUCUGUCACAGCCCCAAAGAUGCUCUUCAACAUGCAGACACAGAGUCAAUCCAUCUCAUAUGCUGGGUGCAUUUCCCAGGUGUAUUUCUUUUUAUUUUUCGCAGAUAUUGACAGCCUCCUUCUUACCUCUAUGGCUUAUGAUAGGUAUGUGGCCAUAUGUCACCCCCUUCACUACACCGCCAUCAUGAGUCAGAGCCUCUGCUUCCUGUUAGUAAUUAUGUCCUGGCUCCUAUCAGUUGCUGGUGCGCUUGCUCAUACCCUCCUUCUGCCUCGACUUUCUUUUAAUAGAGACAACAUUGUUCCCCAUUUCUUUUGUGACCUUUCUGCUUUAAUUAAGCUGUCUAGCUCAGAUACCACAAUUAAUGAGUUGGUUAUCCUCACUGUGGGAACUUUGAUCAUUACUGUACCCUUCAUAUGCAUUUUGGUCUCUUAUGGCCGCAUUGGGGCUUCUAUUCUGAGGGUCCCCUCCACCAAGGGAAUCUUGAAAGCCUUGUCCACAUGUGGCUCUCACCUCACUGUGGUUUCUCUCUACUAUGGAUCUAUUAUUGGACUUUACUUUUUCCCUUCAUCCAACAACUCCAAUGACAAGAAUGUUAUUGUGGCCAUAUUGUAUACUCUGGUCACUCCCAUGCUAAAUCCCUUUAUCUAUAGUCUGAGGAAUCGGGAUAUGAAAGGAGCUCUGGGAAAUGUACUGUGUAGAAAAAGAUUUUCACUAAUAUGA